ACGUAGAGCGGGAGUGCGCGCGGUCGCUCGCGUAACAAUCAGUUUCUGGUGUCGGGCCCGCGCCCGGAGCGAGACGUGUCCGCGUUAUUAUUCCUGCAGGCAACUGAUCAUUUUCCUCCUGAUUAAUAACCGUGCGCCUGUUCCAACAAGUUAACAGAGGAGAACAUGCUUUAUAUUGGUGGAAAGGCAGGAGCAGAAUUCUACAGGACUUGAAAAGUACACAAAAGGCCUAAUUAGCUAGAGGCUGAUAGGAAAAAAAUGAGAAUGGGUGGUGGUGAUGAUGAUGAUGACGACAUCCCUCAGCUUUCAUCCCAUACGCUGGCUGCCCUGCAGGAGUUCUAUAGAGAUCAGCGACAGAGAGAGGGCACAAAGAUCUCCCAAGGGUUUAAACAGUAUUCCAUUGGCUCAAUAGAGGAGGACUGGUUGAGCCAGUUUUGGUAUGAUGAUGAGACUGCAUUGUGCCUGGCUAAUGAAGCUAUUCUGGCAGCUGGAAGAGGUGGCAGGAUAGCGUGUGUUAGUGCUCCAAGUGUUUACCAGAAACUGAAAGAACAGGAUGACAGAGAUUUUUCAGUGUGUAUACUGGAAUAUGACAAAAGAUUUUCUGUAUACGGAGAGGAAUUUAUCUUCUAUGAUUACAACAAUCCAUUGAAUUUACCUGGAAAUCUCAUACCACACAGUUUUGACAUAGUAUUAGCGGAUCCACCCUAUCUGUCUGAGGAGUGUCUCAGAAAAACAGCAGAGACAAUCAAAUACUUAACAAAAGGAAAGAUUCUGCUCUGUACAGGUGCAGUCAUGGAAGAGCAGGCAGCGAAGCAUCUUGGUGUGAAGAUGUGCAAUUUUACUCCAAAACAUGCGCAAAACUUAGCCAAUGAAUUUCGAUGUUAUGUGAAUUAUGAUUCUGGACUAGACCGUGAUUCUAGCUGUUCAGAGUGUACAUAAAAUAAGCGAAACAGUACAUCAA